CCCUGGUGGUACAUUGACCUCCUCUCUGCCAGGCUAAGUUCCUGGUCCUUUGUGAACCUCGGGACGCUUGCCUUUUAGCUCCCCCUCCUCCGAAUUAUUUGUUCCCAUGCAGGCUUCACCGAGCCCCUCUGAGCCUGGAGGAGGAUACGCGACGCGGCGAGGGCAUGUCCCUCAGCUGUCAAUCAGCGACCCAAGCCAUCAUGUGACCGAGGCCAUCGGCCAUAUGUACGAAGAUGAUUACGACAAACGCGAUUCCCGGCGCCUCAGCUAUAUAUCCUCGGGCUUGAGCGAAGCCAUCACGAUCAUCCCUCCAAACCUCGCCGGCUGCGAAUCUCCGACCUCUCCACAGUCUCUACAAGUGAAAAAUCAUCUGAGUGAAGUGACCCAACGACCUGUCAAUGGGCAAACAUGGGCGCAGGGUCCCAAGUCUCUGGAGAGCAGCCCGACGUCUCCCGCGUCGACCGCCUCCCCCGGCUCCACCGACACCGCUACUACCUCUUUUCCUCUGAACGAUAUCGAUUACGAGUCCAACCCCGCCGCCGUCGCACAAGAGCUGAGCAACCUGGCUGCAAUCCGACGGAUGUCGAUGGAUGUAGCAGCUGCCGGGGAUCCUGACUUGCCGAGCUUUUCAGUCCCGUCGAUUGCACCCUCUCCCUCCGACGACGAGAACGAUGCUGCCCGCCUGUUCUGGGUCCCGGCCCGGCUACACCCGGAGCUGGCACCGAUGGAGUUCAAGUCUUUCCUCGAAAGCAAGGCAGAUAUGAUCAAACGGAAAUCCGGCGAUUUCUCAACUUUAGGUUCGGAUCGGGAUGGCGCGAGCGGAGGACUCAGGCGGAAGCGGUCUAUGCUUUCAAGGCAAAUCGAUAGCUCUCAUGGCUAUACGGAUGGCGCAGAACGGCUGGAGCGUAAACGCUCGCAGACGCAGAAAGAAUCGUUGAGUCCGAAUCUGCACCAACUGGAGACCUUGGUCGAUGACUCGAACCCGCGCACACCCAGUGCUUCGUCAUUACUCAGUGACAUCCAAAAGCUCGGGCUCUCGACCGACGAAGAUAGACCUAUCCUUCCUCCGGCUCCUCCGGGUCACAGCCUUCGACGCUCUACCAGAACUCAAUACCGCAAGGCUGGAAGCUUACGAAAAGGAGAGAAAGCCCCAUACUCCAAACGGGUAGGCAAAUCGGCGGACGGGAAUGAUCCCUCGGCUGGACCCGCGGCCAAGGGUCUGGCACGGGUGUCGACUGAUCCCACGCCGAGUGUAACACGGGCGCAGGCCUUGGCCAAGUCUGCUCCAGCAGCACCGCAUACCCCUGGCACAGCAUCCAGUCUCACCUCGGAUUCGGCUUCCGAACCAGCACCCCCAGUAAGUGAUUCCGUUCUCCCAGAUCUAUCAGGUCGGGCAAGCGCUCCUUCACCUGAACGUCAACAAUGGCAUUCGCGGAUCAGCUCAAAUGGACGCUCGACAUUGAACAUUCCAUCCUCCGAACAGAAGAUUCCUCAGAUAGUCGAGACCCCGCCUCCCGAAAGCAAUGCCACACCUCCCAGCCCGAGUUCUCAGCAAGCUCCGCCGCCCAAGAGCCCUGCGACAACAGAUCGAUCUCAUGAGCGGCCUCCGAUGAAACGCUCCGGGCUCAGUCGUACGCAUGCGACUGAUGCCGCGCCCACCCUUAACGACUUCGCCAACAACCCACAACCCCUACCCGGCAAUACCAUGCGAACCGACAGCCUUUCAUUUAUUCCAACCGCGUCGGAAGAUCGCAAGUCAGAUGAACGGAAGCCUGACGAGAAGAAAUCCGAGUCGAAGAAAUCAAAGGACAAGAAGGAAUCAGAAGGAGGACGUAAAUCGAGCUGGCACUGGCUUCUGGGCAACGAGGAGAAGGAGAAGGAUAAGGACAAGAAGAAAGACAAGGACAGCGACUCAAAGAGGCACAAAGCGAAGUCUGCGGAUAAAUCCAAUGACGCACCUCACCCCUCUCCGUCGUCCAAUGAGACUAGCCAACGUGGCCGCGAAAGCCUUGUAAUGGACCGGUUGGAUCCGAAGUUGGAGGAUGAACGACGCAAAGAUAACACACGCAGAGCUUCUGGAGAGUCGAAGAAGGAGAAGGAGUCGGGGCUAUUUUCACAUAUCUUCGGUGGUGGCAGGAAAAAGAGCAAUGGAGAUAGUGGGCAUCACCAUAAGAAGAGCUCCUCUCGAAAUCUAUCGCCGGAGCCGCCAGUCCGAGAGUUGCGACCGGAUAUCGAUUAUGCCUGGACUCGGUUCUCCAUCCUGGAAGAGAGAGCAAUUUACCGAAUGGCACACAUCAAGCUUGCGAAUCCUCGCCGCGCGUUAUAUUCCCAGGUUCUGUUGAGCAAUUUCAUGUACUCAUACUUGGCCAAGGUGCAGCAGAUGCACCCGCACAUGAUGCUCGCAACAUCAGCGGCUCAAAGGCAACAGCAACGACAACAAGAGGAGUACCAACAGUAUCAGCGGUAUCAAGAGGCUCAGGAGCAGCAGCAAUAUACAGACAGCUCCUACGACGACCCUCAGAUGUAUGAAUAUGGUGGUGAUCAGCACGAUCAAUACCGGUCCCAGUCGCGCGGCAGUAAAGAUGGCUAUGACAGUGGAAACGCAUACGGUCCUGGCCAUAGUCAAUAUGGUCAUUCCACAUUUGGAGAUGACAUGCAGUUGGACGACGACGAAGAUGAUAUGUGGUAGUAAUCAUGGACAGCCUGUUCCUCUGCUACGGUGGAGGCAAUGGCGAGCAUUUCUAUCCCCUGCCUCAGUCAGGUGGACGACUUUUGCAUGCUUUGUACACUGGUGAUGGCUCCUAUCUGUGGACCCGGCGAUAUGUGGCGAAUAGCGCAGGGGAAGAAAAGGAUUUGGGAGUCUUUUCUUUUU